AUGAUGCCUUUUUUAGAUGCUAAAGAAUUGGAGACGCAGACAAAAAAUAUUCCAAAAGAAAAAAUUUCAAUACGAUCUAAAUAUAAUGACAAACAACGACGAUACAAAAUUGUUCAUCAAAAUUUACAUUCGACAAACUCCAUUCAACAAUCGUUGGUUCAAAAUAGUGAGACAACAAAUAAUCAACAGCGAUUUAUUCAUUCGAAAAUGCAAUAUAUUUAUGAAAAUAAUACUAAUGAAAGUUUAUCAUCACAACGUGAUAAUGAACUCUAUAACCAAUCUGCUCAUAUUCAUCGACAUCCUUUACAUAAUCAUUUUCAAUAUCAACAUGAAGUUCAAUCAUUUUCACCUCAACAAUCUUCAACAAGUGAGAUUGAUGAAACAUCACCACAGCCACUACCGUCAUCGUCGUCAUCACUGAAUAGACCAAAUGAUACAGUAACUAAUAAAACAAUUAAGAAAAAGAAACAAACAAAAAAGAAACGUAAAGAUCCAAAUGAACCACAAAAGCCUGUGUCUCCAUAUGCAUUAUUCUUUCGUGAUACACAAAAUGAUAUAAAAAAGAAAUUAGCUAAUCCAUCAUUUGGAGAAAUCUCAAAAGUUGUUGCACAUAUGUGGGAAAGUAUUGAACCCGAACUUAAAGAACAAUAUAAAUCCAAAGCAGCUUCAGCUAAAAAAGAAUAUUUAAAACAAUUAGCUGCCUAUCGCGCUGUUCAAGUUUCAAAUCAAACACCGAAUAUGCAUCAUCUUCUCAAUCAAAACUCCUUAACAUUCGAUGCACAUUUAAUUCAACAUCAACAAAAACAAUAUCAUACAGCAUCGAUGAUAAAUAACAAUCCUCAUUCACUUCUAUCCUAUUGUCCAACGCCCUCUAUUCAACAUCAAAAACAGCCAUAUAAUCAUUUUCAUUAUAUAAAUCCAUAUUCUCAAGAUACCUCAAACGCCUACCAUUCUGAUCAUCAAGUAUAUUUCUCUAAUCCUAGUCAACAUGCUUAUUCAUCGUAUGAUUCAAAUAAUAACUAUUCGGACUAUCAACAACAAUAUGGGUUACUUCGGCCAGUUAUCGAACCUGAACAUUAUUCAUCGUCUUAUUAUUGUCAAUCGUCCAUGAAUAAUGAACAUACGAAAACAAAUGAAAAUUUAAUACAUAAUUUGAAUAAUAAUAAUACAAAUCUAAUACAUUAUCCAGAUCCUAAUUCGAUGACAAAUGGACACAUGGAGAAACAUUAUGACUAUGUGAAUAAUGUUCAUCAUGGUUUACAUGAUGAAAAACAAGAUGAUCAUGCAUCAUUAUUGCCGACUAGUAAUGAAAAUAAUUUUCAUUGGAAUCAAACCGCAUGUUUAACCACACAGUGGUGA